AUGGGCUAUGCGCAGAUAAUGGGUUCCUUCACGCUGGACGGAUCCUUGAUCAACCAGGCACCUUUCGAAGAGGUAAAGAGGAAGGGAGUAGUAGGCGGCCAGGGUGGAGGUGGUGUAGUGGGUGUAGAGAAGACAAAGCGCGAAAGUGGGCUCUUUGGCGCGCUGGGUUGGGGCAACAUAGGAGAGUCGCUGGGUGGACUACUGGGUGCUUCCGAGCCCUCCAGUAUCCGAGAGAUGCGAGGCGUUGCCAGCUCCAAGACUGUCCCGCUCAUCACUACUCCCCAGUCCAUUCUGUUCGUCGAUUUGCGGCUUGCGCCCGGCGAAAGCCGCAGCUACACGUACAGCUUUACAAUACCCCGGGGUCUGCCACCUUCGCAUAAGGGGCGGUCGAUGAAGGUAGCAUACAAUCUCAUCAUUGGCACACAACGCGCGGGAUCGACCAAAGAACAACAAGUGAAGCAUGUGGACGUUCCGUUUCGGGUGUUUGGCAGCGUGAACAGCCGUGGCGAGAUUCUUGGACAUGAUCUCAUGUCUCCGUACAUCAUAUUGCGCGAUCAAGCUCGAACAGCCAGCAUAGACCCCUCGUCGAGCGCAAAACUUUCCCCUACAAAGAAGGGCGCUUCUUCGAGCAAGACGGAAGAGAAUACUUUCAGCGACUUCCUUGAGUAUGUCGACAAUCUUCUCGAUCGGCCUAGGCACAAUUCUAGCAUGGGCUUGCUUUCACCUACGGGCACAAUGCCCGGGCGCUCAACGAUUGCUGAAGGGCCCCAGACCAUGAAGGAGGCUAUUGAUACAGCCAUCUUGCGCAGCAACUUGACGGGUGCCGCCAAUCAGAGCGCCAAUCGCUUUGAGAUUGCUCGCAGCGGCCGCCGUGUCGCGGUCAUCAUGUUGGCGCGGCCCUCUUACCGGUUAGGCGAAACAAUGUCUGCCGUAAUCGACUUUACAGAUUCACGCAUUCCCUGUUACUCAAUACAGAUCUCAUUGGAGACUUCAGAGAAGGUCGACCCGGCGAUAGCGCUUCGCUCGAAUGCGUCGAUAUACCGCGUCACAAAGAAAGUGCACGCAUCAUUCUCGGAGAACGCGCUGUUUGCGCAAAAGCUCGCCUUCUCGCCUACUAUACCACCGAAUGCAACACCGGAGUUUAUUACCAGCGGCGUCAGUCUUGAGUGGAAGCUCAGAAUCGAGUUCAUCACUCCGCGACUCACGCAUGAGGACGGGGAGGAGACCUCAUGGGAUGAUCUCUUGGAAGAGAUAUCUAGCGAGGAUCGAGGUGUCAUAUUAGCAGCGGCGCAACGAUUGCCUGCCGAGAGCUUUGAAGUGCAGGUACCGAUACGGGUUUACGGGGCUGUGAGCGGGGCGCCCGAAGCACCUGAUGAACAGGGUCUUCCUGUGUGA